AUGGAGAAGGAUCAUCUAACACUACUCAAAAAUCUACCUUUUGAACUGUUCUUACGAGUUCUUGAUAAUUUGAAUCCUAUAGAUUUAGAACACUUCAUUGAAAUUCCAGGUCUAUACAAUCAAAUAAAAGAUCGUUACAAGAUAAUUUAUUGGCCUCCUGUGGAAAUAAAUUCCAAACAUAAAGAUAUGUUCAUGAAGUUACAAAAUGCAUUAUUUUAUGAUUUCCAAACUGUUGUUGAUUUCAAAGGCUUGAUCUUACUAAAUAUUCAGGAUUUUAAAAGAGAAACAAGACGUUUAUUGUUCUAUUUUUUAUUGCAAGUUCAACAUCGUUAUGAUGAGAUGAAGUUUAAAGCUUUCAGAAUGUAUAUAAACGUGAAUAAUAUUAUGGAUUAUGAUAGAUUGGAUUGGUCAAAAAAUGGGGGUACUGCAUACUCGCUUAUCAUCUAUUUGUUUUCAACGUUGGGGAAUGAACCAAGUAAUACAACUAAAUAUAAGUUUUUACUUCCUGGUUUGAACGAUCUUGAAUUGAAUAGUAAAUUUUGGGGUCCAGAAAUUAUUCAAUGUUUUGACUUCACAAAGUAUGAGUUAAGUGUUAAUGAAGAUCACAAAGAGGUGAAAUUUAUGGGUGGGUUAGAAUCAUUAACUAUAAAAGGUGAUAUUAGGUCUGAUGUUUUGAAAUCAAAAAUUCCACUUUUCCCAAGAAAAUUAACUUUACAUGAUCAAUUAAAUACACCACCUUUAACUAAUAAGUGUUUUGCAAAUGUUACUAAGUUAGAAUUAUAUGACUUUAAACAUGAUGUCUUCGGGUUUGUUGAACUUCCUAAAUUAGUUCAUUUAUUCAUCACCGGAUCAAGUUUAUUUAAAGUUUCAGAUUUGAAAGCACCAAUAUUAGAAUCACUUAUAAUUCACUCGUAUGUUGAUGGUUCUCCACUUGAAUUAUUCAAUAUUCAAUCCCCACGAAUUGAAACGUUAGAGUUGGUUUGUGAAAGUUUCCAUUCUGCACAAUCUGUUAGUUUUGAUACACUGAAAGAGGUUACAAUUCAUCAACCACCACCAUUUAUAACCAAACCAACAAUAAUCAAUUUGGAAAGUCUAUCAAAUAGCUCAUUACCAAAUCCAUUUAAUUUCAUCAAAUUUGUUAAAAAAAUAUCAGUUAGUAACACAAUUCCAAUAUUUACAAAUAAUAUGAAUUUCAGAAAUCUUAAUAUUAGUCUAACAAUCUUAGGUGAACGCUAUGGCCAUAGUAGAGAUAGAAACCAAAUAAGCUGUAUCCCAUGGAUGGUUAAUGAAUUGAUAUUCACUGAUAUUUCAAUAUUUAAUGAGUUUAGUUGUAUAAUAAGACCUGGUAUUAAAAAAAUUCAAAUUAUAAAUACUCAUGUUCCUGAUAUUAAAGGAGAUCCUCAACUGGAUUUAAAAAUUUUAUCAAGGUUAUAUCCUAAUGUUGAAAUCUUGAUUUUACAGAAUUGUACUUUUAAAGAUUUAAGGAAUUUCAAGAAUCUUAAUAUUAAAGAAUUGGAUAUAUCAUUUUCCAUAAGAAGGAGAACCAAAUACUUAAAUCUUGAAGGAAUGGUAUUAAGUGCAUUGAAAAGGUUAAGAAUAAGACGUCCUCGGGUGAUACCAACGAGUGUAAUAUAUCGUCCCGUACCAAAAGAGUACAUAGAUAUCAAAGGCCUUCAAGCUCCAAAUUUGGAAGAGCUAAUAAUAAAAGAUGUUCAAAUUUCGCAUCAUUUAAAUACAAUGACAUACCCAAAACUGAAGAAACUAGCAAUAGAUCAUAUAGAAAGCUUGGAGAUUGCUAGUAAUGAAAACUUGGAAGAAGUUUAUCUUGAUGGAGGUGGAGAUGGUGGUAAUAUUAUCAGUUUAACCGUUGGUGAAUUACCAAACUUUGUGAAGUUUUAUCCACCAAAGAAUAUGGAUGGUGAGCAAUGGAUGAAUACCUAA